AUGACUUUAUUAACGUCGUCAAUCAUUGUUUCGAUUAAUGAACUUUUCAAGUUCAUCCUCUUAAUCUUAACUCUUUACACCGCUCGUUUCUAUUUUCGUUAUUUUACACGAAAAAAUAAAGUCCCGGGACCACUUCCGUUCCCCUUCUUUGGUACUAUGCCUUACUCUUACAUUGUAGGUCAAUAUAGAUUUCUUAACUAUUGUUAUGAAAAAUAUGGAACAUUAUUUGAGAUAUACGUUGGAGACGAUCUGAAUACCAAUCGAGAAAUUUAUAUAUGUAAACCAGAGUUGCUUGAAAAAAUCUUCUCUAGCUCCACAAAAAGUAAUUUUUUAUUACGAAGACCAAAUAAUGAAGGAAUGAACGAAUUUGGAUUUGGUAAAAGUGGUAUGGUUGUGAACAGUGAUUUAAGUAGUUGGAGAAGGAACAGAAUGUUAUCCGUACCCUUGCUCAUGAAUGCAGGAUUUUUAAAAACUCAAGUGCAUGUAAUACAAGAAUUGUUUCAGGAAAUGGAAAAUUAUUGGAAAUUGUUACAUGAUAAGAAUGAUGAGAAGAUCAUUUUGGAUUUUACUAGUUGGAUGCAUAGGUUUGCCUUGGAUGUGGUUAUUACUUCGUCAUUGGGUAGAUCUUCUUACGCGUUAAAAUCUUUUUAUAACACUUUUACCCAAAGUGAUGGUACGAUCGAAAAGAACGAAAAUACAAGUUCCAUCGAAUAUGAUUCAAGUGAUCUACUUAUUCGGCAGGUCAAAUCAUUCUUCAAAGCGUUGCUAUUCGUUAAACAUCCGUCUUGGUUACGUCACACAUUCCUCAUUUACUACAAUAAUUUUUAUUUGAACGAAAUAAAGUCGUUAAACAAUAUUAUAGAGAAUUUUAUUAAAUUACGUCGCGAAGAAAUUCUGUUGGAAAUAAAAAAUGGAAAAAAUGUUCAAGAGGAUAGGCGAGAUAUAAUGUCUUUAUUUCUAUUGAAGUAUUCGACGAUAACUGAUGAAGUGAUUAGAUCGAACUUGAUUGAAAUCUUUAUUGGUGGAAAUGAGACGGUUUCAAGUUCAAUUGGUUUCAUUAUGUAUUAUUUGUGUAAGUACCCCCAUGUAAAAAAUCAGCUAAUUGAUGAAAUCGACGUGAUUCUCUCGUCAAACAUCCUUCGUGAAAUCACUUUUGAAGAUAUUGAAAAAUUCGAAUACGCUGAGGCCUUAAUUAAAGAAGUGACUAGAUUGACGCCGAUAUCGCCUUUAAUUGCCCGUAGUAAUGUGGUAGAAGACGAAUUAGGCGAAUAUACAUUUGAAGCAGGCACAAAAUUUUAUGCUUUUAUGAUUCAAAUUUAUAAGAAUCCUGAAUAUUUUACGAAUCCUGAAGAAUUUAAUCCAGACCGCUUUUUGAAAGGGUCUGAAAAAAUUUCCCGUUUUAACACUCUUUUACAAUUUGGUUCUGGAUUGCGUAUGUGCCCAGGUAGACAAAGCGCCAUGACUGUCAUAAAAACAUUUUUGAUGUGUUUUUUUAGAAAGUAUGAUGUUGAAUUUGCGGACGAAAACCAAGAAUUAAAAAUAUCGUUUGAUGUUUCAUUUCAUUGUGGAGAAUAUAAAAUUGCUAUUAAAAAGAGAUAG